AUGACCGCUGCCGAAAACUCCGGCCUCGAUGUAGAGCGGCACAUCAAAUACUGGAAGCGCUGCCACGGCAGCUAUCUGCCUGCCCCGUACACCGCCAACGACUCGACCCGCCUCACGCUCGCCUGCUUCAUCGUCUCGUCGCUGGACCUGCUGCGGUCGCCGCUCACCGCCAAGGAGCGCGCCGCCAUUCGAGCGUGGGUGCUCAGCCUGCAGCACCCUGACGGUGGCUUCUGCGGCAGCGCGACGCACGCGCCGGCCGGCGCGUCCGCGGGCGACGCCAACCUCGCGGCCACCUUUUUCGCGCUGGUGCUGCUUGCGCUGGCGGGCGUGGGCGGGCCUCAAGAGGAGGGCGCGUUCUCAGGCGUCAAGAGGACGCGGCUGCUGCGCUGGCUGAGGCGGCUGCAGAGGAACGAGGAUGGCGCUGUGGGACAGAUGCUGUGGGAGGGCGAGCCGGUGGGCGGGCAUGAUGUCAGGAAUAGCUACAUGGCGGCGGGGAUCCGGUGGAUGCUGAGAGGGGAUGUGGAAAAGGGAGAUGAGGGGUGGGUGGAAGACUUGGAUCUGGACAAGCUGGUCGGCUUCAUCGCAAACACGCAAACGCAUGAUGGUGGCAUGGGCGAAACGACGUCGCAUCACGAGUCACACGGUGGUUACACAUUCUGCGCGCUCUCGGCGUUGAGCCUGCUGUCGCGGCCCGCCUCGACACGCAAGAGAGCAGAAGCAGCGGACCAGCACAUUCCUAACCGUGCACAGCUCCUCAAGUUUCUUUCGCAUCGGCAGUUUAUCUACCACGCCGAGGAGGAAACGGAGCACGAGGACGACGAGGAAAACUUUAUCGAAAAAGAGCUUGCGCAACUACAGCUCGACGGCCCACCAACUUUUGUCGGCUGCAACGGCCGCUGGAACAAAAAGGCAGACACUUGCUAUUUCUGGUGGGCAGCUGGCGCGUUAUCGCUCCUCGAGCAACAGUCCAUGCUGCAUCGAGAACCGGCAAGCAACUACUUGACGGGCAUCACGCAGCAUAGGAUCGGAGGGUUCGCCAAGACGACGGGCGCGCCGCCCGACAUCUAUCACUCGUAUCUGGGUCUCACGGCGCUGGCCAUCAUGGGCGAGCCAAAGCUCAAAGAGCUGGAUGCGGAGCUGUGCUGCAGCGCGGAAGUGGCAGCUUGCAUAGCAAAGGCGCGAGACGGCCUGCUGGCGGCGGAAAAGGCGAGAGCUUCCACGAACUGGGAAAAUGACGGAUUCUGGUAG